CAUAUUAACCCUGGACUCUGUGUCUCUCUCUAUAGGUUACCUUGGGGGAUAUUAAUAGAUACAUAUUAACCCUGGACUCUGUGUCUCUCUCUAUAGGUUGCCUUGGGGGAUUUCCGUCACUCUCGUCAGGAGAUUGAGGCUCUGUCCAUUGUGAAGAUGAAGGAGCUAACCAGGAUGUAUUCUAAGAAAGACAACACAGAGGCAGACAGCUGGAGGGCUGUGGCUCAGGAUGUCUGGGACACCGUGGGGAUAGGGGAGGACAGGAGGGAGGAGGUGGAGGAGGGAGGAGGGGGGGCAGGGCCUGGGGGGGUGUACGACCUGAAGGCUCAUAUUGAUAGGCUGACGGAUGUUCUACAGGAAGUAAAGAUUCAGAAUAAUAUGAAGGAUGAAGAGAUCAAAGCUCUGAGAGACAGGAUGGUCAAGAUGGAGAGCAUUAUACCUACUGGACAGGUAGAGAGACACACUGCACACCACACGUUAAAUGUUUUUUAUUCAACCUUUAUUUAACUUCAAUUUAACAACACAUUCUUAUUUAACCAAAAGGCCUCCUGUGGGGAGACACCACAACACUACAUAAAGAGAGAC